UGAAGGGACCGGCUUCCCCUACGUUGGCCAAUGCGAAUUUGAACUACGGAGUGUGCUCGUGCAAUAUGCAGCAGUGCUUAACCACGGACGAGGGAAGCGGAACCCGGACCUGCGCGAACAGUGACCAGGCCAACGCGCUGGAAGAAGUACAGAUCGGGCACCCGUGCUUAGACCUUGACGUCUUACGGACCGCGCAACCCUUCCAAUUAUUACCCGACAAAACCACCGGCUACCCG